UUUGCCGGGCCCACCACAGUUCCAGUCCGGUCCCGGCACGACGCCCAUCCUCUCUCUGCGUCUGCUGCGGCGACUCGGAGCAGUCUCGCCACAACCGACGCGUUCGAAGCCAAGAUAAAAUCAGAUUGAAACGCCGCCUCCUCUGCCUCCUCUGUCUCUAGCACUAGUUUCCCCUCAACGGGCAGGGCAGGCACCAUGAUGCACUACCUAUACCAGCGGGAGAUCCAGCGGGAGAACCGGCGGCGGAGCCUCAUGCUCCGGCUGGUGGAGGAAGGCCACGGCGAGCUGCUCAACUGGCCUGAACUGAUCCAGGGCGGACGAUAUGUGCACAUCUUCAGGAUCAUCACCAGGUGUGGUACGCUCAUGCUGGGGCUGGCGAUUCUAGCCUACGUGUUGGUGCUCAAGUACAAGUACAACCUGCCCGAGCUGCAGGAUCCUGUUGACAUGGGGGCGUGCGUGUUUGGAGCUCUCUUGCUCAUGUCAUCUGGCUACCUCUGUACUCAAGACUAAUUAACCCACAUCCAAACCUGCCUUCUUGUUUGCUUGCCUGGAGGAUUAGGCAUUUAAGGCAGGUUCAUCGUCUCCCGUAGGUCAGGUCUUGUUUCAGGCAGCAAUUUGGGAUUCAGAAUAUGAACUGUUGAGGGACAACUUGAAAGCC